GCCUCAGAGCUACCCGCGCAUGCGCACAUGCAAAAAGAAUGCGGAUUUCCGAAGCUCUGGCAAUAUGAGAACAUUAAACAGAUCAUUUGAGUUUAAAAUUCACAAAUAAUGUCGAAACCGUCAGCUCAGCCCGGCUCUGCUGGGGCUGCAGCCAGCCUGGGACCUUCCUCCUCCUGCUCCUCUCCUUCGGCCGGAGGCUCCGCGUCUCCCGCCAACGCGCUGGAGAAACCGCAGCACUACACAUACCUGAAAGAGUUCAGGACAGAGCAGUGUCCUCUCUUUGUGCAGCACAAGUGCACUCAGCAUCGGCCCUUCACCUGCUUCCACUGGCACUUCCUUAACCAGCGUCGCCGGCGCCCCAUCCGCAGACGGGACGGCACCUUUAACUACAGCCCGGACGUGUACUGCGUCAAAUAUGACGAGGGCACGGGCACAUGCCCUGACGGAGACGAAUGUCCGUUCCUGCACCGGACAGCUGGGGACACGGAGCGGCGGUACCAUCUGCGGUACUAUAAGACAGGCUCCUGUAUCCAUGAGACAGACUCGAAAGGCCACUGCAGUAAGAACGGCCCCCACUGUGCUUUCGCCCACGGCUCCCAUGAUCUUCGAUCCCCAGUAUACGACAUCAGGGAGGUGCAGUCUUUGGAGGCCCAGGCUGGCUCUGGAUUGUCUGAGUGUGGAGUGGGAGAGGGACAGUCUGGUUUAGUGGCCAGUACAGCUCUUAUAGAGAAGAUAUUGAGCGAGGAACCACGUUGGCAAGAUAACGGCUAUGUGCUCUCUCACUACAAGACCGAACUCUGCAAAAAACCACCGCGUCUCUGUCGCCAAGGUUACGCCUGCCCUUACUACCACAACAGCAAAGACCGCAGGCGAUGCCCUCACAAGCACAAAUACAGGGCUUUGCCGUGUCCCUCAGUGAAGCACAGUGAUGAGUGGGGUGACCCCAGUAAGUGUGAGAGUGGGGAGAGCUGUCAGUACUGUCACACACGAACAGAGCAGCAGUUUCACCCAGAGAUUUACAAAUCCACCAAAUGUAAUGACAUGCAGCAGAGUGGCAGCUGCCCCAGAGGGCCCUUCUGUGCCUUCGCCCACAUGGAGAAAGUGAGUAUGAGUGAAGAGCAUCCUUUCCCAGAGUGUGGAUCGUCUCCUACAAUCCCCUGCUCAACAGUCGCAGACAGUACAACCUCAGAGCACGGCUUUCUGGGAAGGAUUCUUGAUGAAGAGUCUUCGGGUCUGGAUACCCCUCUCUCCCUCUGGGCAGGAGAAGGGGGUUAUGGGAAAGCCCCAGGGUUUGAGAGAGAGGACCAGGCAAAACAGAAAAUAUUUGCAAUGGAACAUCGCAGUAAAGAAAUUGCCCCUGUACACAGCAAGCCGGAACUGUCUGUAUUUCUGCCAGUUGGCAGCCCCCUCAGCCUGUCAUCCAGUGUGCCCUCAAGUCUGGCUGCGACCCCUCCUAGUCCGGCACUUCCAGGAUCCUCAACAGGCAUGAACGCAAACGCACUGCCCUUCUACCCCACCAGUGAUACUGUGGAGUCUGUAGUGGAGUCUGCAUUGGAUGAUCUGGACCUGAAUGCUUUUGGAGUGUCAGCACUGGAGAAGAGCCUGGAGAGCAGCUCUAUGCCCAGCAUGGGGCUUAUGUUAGGAGGAAGCCAGCUUCGGAGUUCGGCUCCUGUUAAUAUUCCCGGAUCCCUCAGCAGCCCCUCUCCUUUUAGAUCCCCCUCACCCUCACCUCCAAUCAGGGCGCAUACUUCUCCAUUUCUGUCUGCCCAGUUGUCACAGCCCAGCCAAUCGGAGAGCAGCUUUUUGGGAGCGUCUCAUAGUUCAUUAGGUUUGAAUGGAAUGAGCAGUAGUAUUUGGGAGCAUUUCCCCCCUGGGCAGAGCUCUCCCGGGACUCCUCCAGCCUUGCUCUCCACGGGGGCAAUGUUUGCCGAGGCUUCUCGGCUCAAACAGGAAGUGGAAGAGGCUCACAGGGUGCUGAAGCAUUGGGACCACAGCUGGAGGCAGAUGUCUCAGUCAUGGGCAGUGCUGAAGGCUGAUGCUGAAGAGGCUCGUCUGCUGGCGGGGCGGUUGGGGAUAGAGGCAGAGCGGGCGCGGCAGGCUGAAGAGGAGGCACAGCAGCAGGCCGCUCUCCUGGAGGAGGCGCUAGAGAGCUUACGCAAUGCAGAGAACCCCCGCAUGCAGCUCCAUCAACUCCAGUUACUGCACAGACUGCCAUUUAGCUCCAUCUGCAGCCUACAAGCUCAAAUCUGCACGUGCUUGCGCACAGUGGAACAGGCUGUAUACAGGAAGCAGAGGUUGUGCUGUGUGUCGUGUGAGGAGUUGGGCUCGGUGGCGUUGCCAUGCCAACAUGGCGUGUGCUGUGAACGGUGUGUGGCCUCGGCGGAGUGCCCGGUGUGCUCAGAGCACCAGCAGAGCUUAAAUUUACCACAGUCCUAAAGCAGCAGCCCUAUAGCCCUGAACCAUUCCAUGAGCUUAGCCCCAGCUACUGCUCUGAGCUUCAGCUAAAGCUCUACAUCCCUCCUGGUGGGUUGGAUUUGAAACAUAACUGUGCUGGAAGUCUCCACAUGGAGGUUUGAGCCCACUAAACUAAACCUUUACCUCAGCUCUCAUCCACAUUGCUAGUCCUGCUCUUAAAGGAAUGCUCCAGCAUUUUUCAUCCUAGUCUCUGUAUGCCACAUCUGUAGCGUACGGUGGAUUAUUAUGGACAGUAAUUUUGUCUGUACUUAGAAAAGAACAGAAAACCUGUGGACUCGAAGGACACUUAUAAUAGAAGCUGUUGGUCAGUGGCAGAAUUCCAUCAGUUAAACUUUAUACAAAUUGUAUUUUUGUAGAGCACCUUUAUUUUCCAGUCAAACAUGUUUAUAAAUAAAGCAGUAAAUUAUGCUCUGAAUUUGGAUAAUUGCUUACUUAGUUAGGGGGCUUUUUUUCCAGAAAGAAGAAUUUGUCAAAUAUUACCAGCAUAGAGGUAUGCAUGAUGUUUUCAAAGGGAAUCAUUCAUAUUCAUGGAUUGUAGCAGCUGCCCAGUGGCUUUAGUUACAAGAGAGUUUCAUGUGGUUUAAAUUUGUUUUAUGUUUUGGUCUUAAGUACAAGGAGAAAUGUCAGAAAUGUGGUACUCGACUAUACAGUACAGCUGUGGCAGACAGAGCUGAGGUUGAAAACAGUGUUGGAGUAUUUCUUGAAGAACCCGGUCAGGAGUCACAAUGUCUGGUGAACCAAAUUUUGAUCCUCAAGAAACAAAGAACAAAAAAAGUCCUAUAAACAAUGUUAAUGUUUAAAAUGCACUGUGUGAGAUUCAGAAUUAAUCCCAAGACAGGAGUGGCACUUCCUGAUUGUGCCUUUGUCCAGCAUUUUGUUUAAUCUUUCAGCACUUAUUGACUUAACAUUUAACUCAUUUUCGGUUGAUUUUAAUCCUAAUCUUGUCACUUAAUCUUAACCAUUACAGACAGUAUGACCUUGAUUUGGCAUUUAUAUAUUUGGCACUUGUUCAACAGCUGGUGUAAACAGUUGUGAAUACCUGGUUCGACUAAUCAAAGUAUCGACUGAAGACUGUUAUAAUAUGGCAAGCUUUAAAUUAAAAGGCCAUUUGCAGAGGAGGUUUCAUGACAUAGGUCCUGCCCUAACCUUUCUCAUCUAAUCCCCAUUCUUCUAACAUACAUCCUCAUACAGGGCUAUCGGCUGGUCCCAUUUUGUUUAUUUUCAGGGCCCAGAAACAAAUAAUAAGUGGUUGAACUCACUCACUCUAUUUAGAAUUUCCUUUUAAUGUCAUAUAAUUGUUAAUUGUGGGAACAAAUGGUGUUGAAUCUGAAGGUUAUGAACACUAUAAUUUCAGUUUAUAUUUACAGUUUAUUAACAGGUUUUCCCUCAGAGACAGGGUAGAAGAACGUAUUAUGUCUGAUUCAUGUGGAUAUGAUUGUGAACAGCAGCACAUCUCCAGAAAAAUGAGGAAACAUUAGAGCCAACAAUGUGGUUAUUAUGUAGGUUUGUGAUACAGCAUCAGAUGAAGGCCCAGCAAAUAAUGAUAAAGUGUGACAAUCACCGCUUAUUGCCUCAGCAUUUACAAAACAGAGUGCCACAAUGUUCAGAAUGAACAUUCAUGGCAUGCAUUCAUUGUCUACUCAGUGCAGUUCCUGGAUUUUUAUAUGUUAAGCUCAAAUGUCUUUGACAAAUGAAGCAGUAUAACAGUACUGAAAGCUAACCGUUGCUUUUGUAGGGUCUUUUUUUAAAGCUUUGUUUAAAAAGAAUCCCAGGGUUUUCUACAGAGAAACAUGAUUACUGUGCUCUUUCCGCAGAGAUGGAAAACAUGCUCAUUCAUACAGCUCAGUAUACACUCAGGUUUUUUCUCAAAGCAUCAGAACCAUGAAUCUGCAAUAGGGGGCAAGGAAACUAUAGAAAGCAUUUGAAGCCCUAUACAUAGUUCCCUAUAUAGGAUGUUGAUUCUGUGUUAUGAAACAAGUCAGUUUGAAGCUUUCUGCUCUUUUUCAUGCAAGCUUUUGAUUGGUUUUGAUAUUUUUUGUGUGAACAGGUGUCAAACAGUGAAGUUUGAUUUAGGAUCCUUUAUGCACGCUCCAGUUACCCACUGAAAGGGCAGCAUAUUGAAGGGGACGUCCACCGAUUUUUCAGAAUUUCUGUAUGAUCGAGUGAGUAAGAUGUAGUCAUUCAGAGUGGUAUGAUGUGAAACGUGCUGUUCUAGAGAAGUUUACAGAGUCAGAAUUGUUUGCAGUGGUGGUGAUAGGAACCAGACAUCUGAAACGUUUAAUGACUCCCUCCUAGAAAUCUGAUAUCAGUAGCAUUGAGAAAAGGUUUUGGCCUAAAGUGAAUUAUUUAGAUCCAUUUAUGGUGGAGGGGUACAUGCAGGGUGUUAUAAGGCAAUAUAGUACACAAAAAAACAAAUGUUUUAUAUUAUAUUACAUAUAAAAGCUCACAAGAUGUGUGUAGGUUCACUGCUCAUAUUGGACAGAAAAUAAAAGAGCUAUAUUUGCAUUGUAGACAUCAUGACCCCAAGCUCCCAUCACCAACGGCGUAAAGAAUUCAGAGUCAGUAAACUUCUCUACAGUGGACCAUUUUACAUCAAAACACUCAGAAUGACAUUCAGACAUUUCUGGAAAAAAAAAAUCUGUGGAAUUCUCCUCUAAUAUGCCAGCAGUACUGGGUGAGCCUAUACAGACAUUUUGAACAAAUACUGACUGUACCGUUUUGAUAUCACGCCACAGGUUGUGGUUGUAGUUGAGACUUUGGAGAGGAUGAGGUCUGAAUAAAGACAAAAUCUGAAUAGGCUCACCCUGCAGUUCACGAAGUGUUCCUCAAAUCCAGUCUUGGAGUGACGCUUCACUGGACAGAGUCGACUUUUCCUUCUAAGAAAACUUUCAGCUCAUCAGCAGGUUUGAUAUUUAGCUGAUGAGGUGAAUCAUGUUAAUAAAUGCUCUGACCCAGAGGAACACGGCCCCAGUGGGAGCGGAGGUGCUAGGAGGGUUUCCAUUCAGCUCAGUAUGAAGGUGGGGGAUUUUGCCCUCUUCAACAUCAGAGCUUCACUGUGAGUUCUGUAAUCGUCUGCUCACCUACAGUGUUUCGAUCUGAUUUUGUACGAGACAAUAAACAAAUGUAUAUUUUUGGAUGAAAA